AUGACCAGAGUAUAUCAUCCGCGUGCGCAACAGCCGCCCCAGCGCGGCAGUACGCUUGAUCAGUCGCGAGCCGCCGUCAAGAAGAAGAAGCCGUACAAGAUUCUGCUAGAAGCGGUUACCCAAGAGAAGAAGAAGCUACAUUCCAUUGCCAAGCCGAAGAACAAAACCCACUCCGAUCCCGAGAAGCUAUCCCACCACGUCCACCGAGUCGGACACCACUUUCCUCUCACCAUCAUCGAACUGGCCUGCAACAAGUUCGGAUAUCUCUACGAUGACAGACGCGGCCUGCGGAAGGACAAAGAAGGUGACAGAACCAACUGGAUAGCCCAAGAGUUUGAAGACUACUCUUCGCGGCAAGUACAACGAGGGCAUCCCGCCACUGAGAAGGAGACCAAGGGUUACAUCCACGGCGCCGUUCGCGAGAUGUUUCCCAAGAUACCAGAGGCAGAUCUACAAGCCAUUGUUUCUCAUGCGUUUGAGGAGGGAACUAACCGGGUAGGUAAUGCUAAGGAGCUUUCGUUGGCUCGUAGGGUGCAACUCGCAGUUGUCGCGCAUAUCCGCCACACAUACACAGACUACGAUAAGCUGCUCAAGACUGACGGCUGGUCGGAAGCCCGUGGCCAAGUCGAGAAAGUCUCUCUUGCGAAACUCAAAGAGUGGCGAGAUGAAGACGGAAAGCAAAGCAACGAACUUGAGGAAACCUUCCGUGAAGUCAUUGUUCUUGACGAUGAUGAUGAAGCUAGCAGCGAUGAAGGCUCCAUGGCCACGCCUGAUGAGCGCGAGCAAAGCAUGGAAAUUGUUUCCAGUCGUGCUACUGCGCGCGAUCUACAGCCGGAACUACAUGCUAACUACCCGAGUGGGGAUGUCCGCAACAUGAGACCUUCAUCAAGAAGAACCAUUGUCCUUCCGCGCUAUGCUCCUCCACCGCCACCUGUAUUAUCUGGCACCUCACGUUUCCAGUCACCCAUGCAGCAGCCUUUCCAAUCAGUGCGAACAAGGACAAACGAUCCGUAA